AUGUGGUUAGCUGUGGGCAACAGGACAGCCGAUGGGGCUUGGGUGUUGUUCGCACACCACGCUGGCCCACAGAGCCCCAGCCACAAGGCCAGAGUGAACAGCAGCCGGUGGCUGACCAGUGACUGCAGCUUCUUCCCUUGGCCCUCUCCUCCCCCUAUCACGGCCGGUGCGGACAUCACAGACAUGCUGUUCCUGGCAGAGGAAAUGUGGUUGCAGCGGCCGCUCGUGGGCUGCAGGCUGGCCCAGCGUCACCCGGGACUGGAGGAUAUGAGUCCUAUUCUAGAUGUUGGCAAAGGAGAAGGAGAGGAAGAGAAAGAGGAAGACGGCACGGGGCUCCCUCGGUCAUCCACCUUGAAGAGCCCCCGGCCUCACCGAGGUAUCAGCAUCCUGGAGAAGCUAGUGAAAACCUGUCCCGUGUGGCUGCAGCUGAGGCUGAGCCAGGAGGAGGCAGCCAGGAUCCUGCAGCGGGAGGCGGCUGGGACGUUCCUCGUCCGCCGAGACAGCGGCUCGAAGCACCUGGUGUUGUGUGUUCACUUCCACUGUCAGAAUGACAGCUCCUCUGAGGUGCUGGAGUACACCAUAAGAGAAGAAAGAUCCAUAUUGUACGUGGAAGGCUCUGUUCUUGUGUUUGAGGACAUCUUCAGACUGAUCGCGUUCUACUGUGUCAGUAGAGAUUUACUGCCCUUCACGCUGCGCCUGCCCCAGGCCAUCCUAGACUCCAGGAGCCUCUCAGACCUGGAGACCAUCUCCAAACUGGGCCUGGGCUUCUGGGACUUCUCACAGAAUCCCCAACGAGCAGCCAGCGGGGAGCCGCCCAGAGACUCAGCCCCCGGAGCCCCCACAACCUCCAGCCUCAGUCCCACUGCCCAUCCGGCCAGCUGUUCCUGUGAAAUCGAGCUGUCCAUAGGAAAUAACCACCUGUGGUUUGUGAAUCCCAUUUUCAUCGAGGACUGUGUACUUCCCACUGACUCACCGCCUGCGGACAGCUGCCCGGAGCCUGCCACCUCGGAUGCUACCUCAGUCCCCUCCAGGUGGGCCCCACGACGCCCACCUCCCCCACCCCCAGUGCCUGCCCUGCCACCCUGCGGCCCCGCCCAGCCUCUGGAGCUCCCUGCACCCGCUGCUCCUUUGCCUGGCCCCCCAACAGCACCAGCACCCCAUGCCCCUGGCCCCCUGGGCCCCCUCGGGGAGGAAGAUGUGAAGCGGGGGACAGCCCCCAGUCCCGGGCAGCCGGCCCUGGCCCCAGCGCCUCCUCUGCCUAUGAAGAAGAAGAGCCUUCCCCUUCCUCCUCCCAGACGGCGAAUCUCUGGGAGACUGUCCCUCGAAGAGCAGAGUGCCGGACCAGCGGCACAGAGGAACCAUCUGGGCCUUUCCAGGGCCGUUUCUCUCUGCCUGCCACCUCAGGGGACCUCAGACAACCCUAAGGACAGACCUCAGGGCACCACAGAGCAAGGCCAGGAAACAGAGACCAAAGCCAGGGAUCUGGGCAGCAUGCCAGAACCUUCCAGGAAGACCAAACAACCCCCAGUCCCUCCCCCCAGGAAGAAACGGGUCUCCAGGCAGGUGGCCCCUGCCCUCCUGGCUGCCCUGGAGCGCUCCAAGCACCCCCCGAAGGAGGCGACCUCUGAAAAGGCCACACCUGAUGCAAACAGAGAAGAAGGGAGUCCUGCCUCCCAGCCUCUGACACAGAACCUCCACGUCCAGGCCUCCGUCUGUCCUCAGAGCACGCCAGAGUUCACAGGCUCCUUGCCCUCACUCUCGGAGAGCCUGGGGGUCCCUGCCCUGGCCACCGAGCAGGACUCCUAUUCCACCAGCAGUACCGAGGAGGAGCUGGACUUCAGCAACCCCAGUGUGAAGAAGAAGCCGUCCAUGAUCCUAGACAAGGCGCGCCACCGCCUCAGCUUGGUCAGCUUCGCCAGCGUCUUCCGUGUGUUCCUCUCCAACGACCGCAAGCUCUACAAGAAGGUGGUGGAAUUGGCUCAGGACAGGAGCUCCUACUUCGGCUGCCUGGUGCAGGACUACAAGGUGUACAGCCUGGAGAUGAUGAGCCGCCAGGCGUCCAGCACGGAGAUGCUACAGGAGAUUCGAACCAUGAUGACCCAGCUCAAGAGCUACCUGCUGCAGAGCACCGAGCUCAAGGCACUGGUGGUCCCCAACCUGCACUCGGAUGAGGAACUCGAAGCCAUCGUGGAGUCGGCCCUGUACAAGUGCGUGCUGAAGCCGCUCCAGGCGGCCAUCCACGCCAGCCUGCACGACCUGCACAGCAGGGACGGCUCGCUGCAGCAGCUGAAGGAGAACCAGCUGGUGGUCCUAGCCACCACCACCACUGACCUGGGCGUGACCACCAGCGUGCCAGAUGUGCCCGUCAUGGAGAAGAUCCUGCAGAAGCUGGCCGGCAUGCACAAGGCCUACUCGCCUGAGAAGAAGAUCGCCACCCUGCUCAAGACCUGCAAGCUCAUCUACGACUCCAUGGCCCUGGGCAACCCAGGAAAGCCCUACGGGGCGGACGACUUCCUGCCCGUGCUCAUGUACGUGCUGGCGCGCAGCAACCUCACGGAGAUGCUCCUGGACGUGGAGUACAUGAUGGAGCUCAUGGACCCCGCCCUGCAGCUGGGGGAAGGCUCCUACUACCUGACCACCACCUACGGGGCCCUGGAGCACAUCAAGAACUAUGACAAGAUCACGGUGACCCGGCAGCUGAGCGUGGAGGUGCAGGACUCCAUCCACCGCUGGGAGCGCCGGCGCACGCUCAACAAGGCCCGGGCCUCGCGUUCUUCCGUGCAGGACUUCAUCUGUGUGUCGUACCUGGAGCCUGAGCAGCAGUCGCGGACCCUGGCCUCGCGGGCAGACACGGCGGCCCAGGUGCUGUGCGCACAGUGCGCGGAGAAGUUCGAGGUGCUGCAGCCAGAGGACCACCGGCUCUUCGUGCUGGUGGACGGGCGCUGCUUCCAGUUGGCCGAUGAGGCGCUGCCCCACCACAUCAAGGGCUAUCUGCUGCGCAGCGAGCCCAAGCGCGACUUCCACUUUGUGUACCGGCCCCUGGACGGUGGCGGGGGCAGUGCCAGCCCACCCUGCCUGGUUGUGCGGGAGCCCAACUUCCUGUGAGGCCACGCCAUGGCACUGUUUCCUGAGACUAGCUAGAUGGAAAGGCA